AUUGCGGCGCGUGGUGAGUGGACCCUUGAAAAUCUUGGAGCAGAGAGAAGGACAAAAAAUGGAGUCGUCAAGACCUUCCAGGUGCCACUCUAUGAAACAUGGCUUCAGCCGGAAACCUCUGCGCGCCACUCUUCUCCUUCGUCUUUCUCCUUCACUUUCUUCCAAUAUGAAACACCAUUAAUUUCUUCAUUUUCCAAUACCGUUCUCCACACUCUUCUAGAUCCCUCCCCUUCUCUCUCGGCCUUUCACAAACCCCUUUUAACAACUGAUCAUCAUUAAUCCACUUCGUUUUUCUCCAAUUCCAAUCUACCCCAGCCAUGAUUUGCUCACUAAUUACCCCUGAUUUCCCAUUUCCCUCUCUGAAGCCCUUAUUUGCUCGACCCCCACCAAAGCCUUCUCUCUCUUUUCCCAAACCUAUCCUCUGUUUCCACCAUCGAAACCCCAAUAUCUUCGAAAACCCAUCAAAACCCGUCGGCAUUUUCAUCAAAACGCUUGUAGAGAGUAACUCAGAUCGUGUUUUGUACAGAGAAGUGAAGAAAAGAGAAGGGAAUGGCGGAAGAAGAGGGUUUGCUCUUGUGGGUAGUCAUCAAAUGUUGCUCCUCUGUGGGCUUGGAUAUUGGGUUCAGGGCUUUAGGUGCUUUCCAUGGCUGGCUCUUAACUUCCAUAUGGCUCAUUACCUUAAUCUUCAUCCUUCCAUAUUGCAACUUGUGCAGAAUUCUGGAAACUUUCCUAUGGUUGCUAAACCGUUGUAUGGAAUUCUUUCUGAUGCUUUGUAUAUUGGUGGGGCUCGUAGAGUUCCUUAUGUUUCAAUUGGAGUGCUCUUGCAGGUUCUAUCUUGGGGAUCUCUGGCAUUGAUCCCCGUGGCAGGUGAAGCUCUUCCUGCUUUAAUGGCAUGUGUUCUUCUAAGUAAUCUAGGAGCAUCCAUAACAGAAGUUGCAAAAGAUGCACUUGUUGCAGAAUAUGGCCAAACAAACAAGAUUUGUGGUCUUCAAUCUUAUACAUUUAUGGCUUUAGCUGUUGGUGGAGUAUUGGGCAAUUUCAUUGGUGGAUAUAACUUAUCGAGUUCACCACCUAGAAAAAUGUUUCUUCUGUUUUCCAUUAUACUUUGUUUCCAACUUUCAGUUUCAUUAGCAACAAGAGAGGAAUCUCUUGGUUUGCUGCAACUUCCAGAACCUGAUGUUCAUGGGAAAUCAAUCAUGGAAAAUGUUAGAAAUCAGAUAUCUGACCUUGUAACUUCUAUUAGCGAUCCAAGCGUAUAUCGCCCGCUGGCUUGGGUUGUUGCUUCCAUUUCUGUGGUCCCUCUUCUAUCAGGCUCUAUCUUUUGCUAUCAAACACAAUGCCUUAAUCUUGAUCCUUCCGUAAUUGGAAUGUCUAGAGUUGUUAGCCAAUUGGUUCUUCUUUCUGUCACCGUAUUUUAUGACCACCAUUGGAAAAGAGUAUCUAUGAGGAAGCUAAUUGGCAUGGUGCAGAUAUUAUAUGCAUCUUCCUUUCUCCUUGAUAUUGUUUUGGUGAAACAGAUAAAUCUGAAGCUGGGCAUUUCCAAUGAGUUGUUUGCUCUUUGCUUUUCGGGUUUGGCCGAAACCAUUGCACAGUUUAAGCUUUUACCAUUUUCAGUACUCUUUGCAAGCUUAAGUCCAAAAGGUUGUGAAGGAUCUCUGAUUUCGUUUUUUGCCUCAGCCGUGUGCUUGUCUUCUAUAGUUGGUGGUUUUUUUGGCAUCGGAUUAGCUUCUUUGAUUGGAAUAAGAUCAGGAGACUACUCAAGCUUGCCUGUGGGGAUUUCAAUACAGUUCAUAGCAGCUUUAUUGCCAUUAAUGUGGAUCCAUUUUGUUCCCAAAAUGUCACCCGUUGUUGAAAGAGAAAAGAAGAGAGGAAUGAGUAGAAGAUCUCGGAAAAAUAGAAGGGUUGGACGAGUAAUGUAUAGUGGUUCUGUAUAUGUUUAUCGACGCGAGAGAGAAUCUGAGGUGCAGGGGUGAAAAAAAUCUAGUUUUUACUGCAGCACAUCCUGUAGAAAGAAAAGGAAAUCUAGGACUCUUCAGAUUCUAUACUUCAAUCAUCAUUCCUAUAGUUGUAAAUGAAUCAGAUCUUUACUUCAAAUGUUUCAUACACAUCUGAAAGACUAGCAUUGUGAUGCGUCAGAUUCUCUUGGUAAGGUGAACAAGAUGGGUCUCAAGUUCCUUCCAUUUGAUGUUGUUGAUCUCGCUCGAUUAUCGGAACUCGCAUUGGUUCAUCAAUCGGGUUAUUGAUGAAGGGCAAUUUCUGUAUGAUGUUUGUUUGGCAAGAGAGUUCUGAUAAUCUUUGUGUGUAACAAACUUCCUAAUGCAAAGAAAAGCAUGGGAAUUGGAGGGAGAGAUCAAAGAAGCAAAACGGCAGAAUGCAGAGAUGUUUGAGAUUAAUUUGUUGUAGUUUGAUGAUUAGCAAUUGAACUGAAGGAAUUGGCCGUUUGGCUGUUCUAAAUUCUGCAUGUGUUCUUGUCAUUAAUGGAAGAAAUCGUUAUCAUUUUUUGUGAUGGAAGCUGAAUCUUUGGGAUA